GAGGAAGAAGAAGAGGAAGAAGAAGAGGAAGAAGAAGAAGAAGAAGAAGAAGAAGAAGAAGAGGAAGAAGAAGAAGAAGAAGAAGAAGAAGAAGAAGAAGAAGAAGAAGAAGAAGAAGAAGAAGAAGAAGAAGAAGAAGAAGAAGAAGAAGAAGAAGAAAAAGAGGAAGAAGAAGAAAAAGAGGAAGAAGAAGAAAAAGAGGAAGAAGAAGAAAAAGAGGAAGAAGAAGAAAAAGAGGAAGAAGAAAAAGAGGAAGAAGAAGAAAAAGAGGAAGAAGAAGAAAAAGAGGAAGAAGAAGAAAAAGAGGAAGAAGAAGAAAAAGAGGAAGAAGAAGAAAAAGAGGAAGAAGAAGAAAAAGAGGAAGAAGAAGAAAAAGAGGAAGAAGAAGAAAAAGAGGAAGAAGAAGAAAAAGAGGAAGAAGAAGAAAAAGAGGAAGAAGAAGAAAAAGAGGAAGAAGAAGAAAAAGAGGAAGAAGAAGAAAAAGAGGAAGAAGAAGAAAAAGAGGAAGAAGAAGAAAAAGAGGAAGAAGAAGAAAAAGAGGAAGAAGAAGAAAAAGAGGAAGAAGAAGAAAAAGAGGAAGAAGAAGAAAAAGAGGAAGAAGAAGAAAAAGAGGAAGAAGAAGAAAAAGAGGAAGAAGAA